GGGGCGUGAACCUUUAAACAGGCUCAGCUAGCUAAUGCUAGAAGAAAAUCGAUACCAGGAAUCUUUACUAAACGAAACCAAAUCGUGCAACGAAAAGUAGGAGAGGACGAUAAUCUGCUGCAGGAGGUUGACCUGCAAUCCUAUAAAGACCCAAUGGCCACCGACAUGCCCUUGGACACGGUGUCGGCUCCUGACCCUGGCCCAGCCUCACUCCCUGAUCCUGCCCCAGCCUCAUUUCCUUCUCUCAGCUCCAGUUCAGCCCCAGACCAGAUCCCUGCCCAGGAGCCAGCGAUCGCUGAAACCCCUGAAACUGCUGAGACCUCAGAACGAGAAGCUGCUCCAGUUCUCAGCCCAGCUCAGCCUGUGGGUCCAGAUGAACCCCCAACACUUUUUCCCGAAUCUGAAGUGCCCACAGGUCCUCAAAUGGCACCUAUACCACCGCCCCUGCCGAAGUUUGCUUCCAAGAACCCCAGCUGCAAAAUUAUGACCUUUCGGCCGACCAUGGAGGAAUUCAAAGAUUUUGCCAAAUAUAUUGUCUACAUGGAGAGUCAAGGAGCUCAUCGCGCCGGCCUAGCAAAAGUGAUUCCACCAGAAGGCUGGAAGCCUCGCAAGUCCUAUGAAGCAAUUGAAGAGAUGGUGAUACCAGCUCCUAUCAUGCAAGUGGUGACUGGUCAAUCUGGCCUGUUCACGCAGUACAACAUUCAGAAGAAAUCAAUGACUGUGGGUGAAUACCGCAAGCUGGCUAACAGCAAGAAGUACUGCACGCCACGCCACAAAGACUUUGACGACCUAGAAAGGAAGUACUGGAAAAAUCUGACAUUUGUGUCACCGAUUUACGGUGCUGAUGUUAGUGGUUCCAUCUAUGAUGAGGAUGUUCCAGAGUGGAACAUUGGCCACCUCAAUACGCUACUGGAUAUGGUCGAGCAGGAAUGCGGCAUUGUCAUCGAGGGUGUCAAUACUCCUUACCUGUAUUUUGGCAUGUGGAAGACCACCUUUGCUUGGCACACUGAAGACAUGGACCUCUACAGCAUCAACUAUCUGCACUUUGGACAACCAAAGUCCUGGUACACUAUCCCACCUGAGCAUGGCAAGAGGCUGGAGAGGCUGGCACAAGGCUUUUUCCCGGGCAGCUGCCAAGGGUGUGACGCCUUCCUUCGCCACAAGAUGACGCUGAUAUCUCCAUCCAUCCUGAAGAAAUACAGUAUUCCCUUUGACAGAAUAACUCAGAAUGAAGGAGAGUUUAUGGUGACUUUUCCUUAUGGCUACCACGCCGGCUUCAACCACGGCUUCAACUGCGCAGAGUCUACUAACUUUGCCACGCUGCGCUGGGUGGACUACGGCAAGAACGCUACCCUGUGUUCCUGUCGGAAGGACAUGGUGAAGAUCUCCAUGGACGUGUUUGUGCGCUGCCUGCAGCCCGAUCGCUACGAUAUGUGGAAGCAGGGUAAAGACGUUACAGUGCUGGACCACCUGAAGCCCACAGAACUGACCAGUCCUGAACUGGAGCUCUGGAGGAAGCAGCGCGUCACCUUCCGCGUGAACCUGCUGCGAAGGGCCAUGCAAAAAAUGAAGCAGGUGCGUCGUCUGAAGCUAGAGGAGGUAAAGGUGCUGGCAGAGGAGGGAAUUGAACUGAAUGCUGCCGAGUACCAGCGUCAGGUGGAGGAGCGCGAGGCGCAGCGCAGGCAGGAGAGGGAGGAGCGCCUCGCCAGAGAGGCCAUGAUGACCCUGGAGGCGAUGGAACGUGAGGAACAAGAGGCUGCUGCCAAAGCAGCAGGGACUCCAGUUGUUGAAGAGGCACCAGCACCAGAACCCGAACCAGAACCAGAGGCCAAGCCUCAGAUCUUGACGGAUGACACUGAGAAAAAGAAGCAGAAAAAGCCGAAGACGACGUCCAACAUGCCAACCAUCACGUCUGGAUUUGAACAAGCAUUUGAGCAGUUUGCUACGUCUUCUGUCGUCAAUUCAAAGAAGAAGAUGUUCAGUCAUUUCGACACUGAGUCAACAGACAUCCCCGUGGAAGAGACUCCCACCCAGGCGACCUACACCAAGACGAAAAUGCCAACAGAGGUGAAGAAGAGUCGCCGCCACCCGCUGAGCAAGCCACCCAUGCGUACCCCCCUGUCCAUCGUCAAACAAGACCCAACAAGUGACAAAGAGCUGUCCUCCCCGAUGUCGAUGGAUAGCAGCAUGAAGAAGCAGGAGCACCUGUGGCAGACUCAUUCACCCAACUUCGUGGCAGAGAAGACCUUUAACGAUGCGGUGGCUGUGCUCGAGCCGCAUUGUGCCGUCUGUUCACUCUUCUGUCCCUACAUACGGAAAGAGAAUACGGCUGAAUCCCCACCGGCCCGUCACAGCCAUCACGGCCGUUCAACUCGUCCGCUCGUCCCAGAGAUGUGCUUCAGCGUCGGAGCAGGAAACACAGAGCCACUGCCAACCAAUUAUCACAUUGGGGAGGAUGGAACCAGUCUCCUGAUCCGCUGUUCGUCCUGUAACAUGCAAGUUCAUGCCAGCUGUUACGGCGUGAAGCCAGAUUCUGUCAGCGCCUCCUGGACGUGCUCCAGGUGUUCCACAGGAACCUGGACAGUGGAGUGUUGUCUCUGCAACCUACGAGGAGGGGCUUUGAAGGUCACCACGGAUAACAGGUGGGUUCACGUUAUCUGUGCCAUCGGCGUGCCAGAGGUGCGCUUCGUCAACGCUAUCGAGAGAGAGCCCGUGGAUGUCAGCGCUGUACCAGAGAACCGCAAGAACCUGAAAUGUGUGUUCUGCCACGGGAGGAAUCCGAACCAGAAACACGGCGCCUGCAUCCAGUGCACAUACGAGAACUGUGCCACCUCCUUCCACGUCACCUGCGCCCAAAUCGCUGGCGUGGUGAUGAAGCCUGCAGACUGGCCCUACAUGGUGUCCAUCACCUGCCACAAGCAUAAAAAGAGCACUCCUAAGGUUCCUAAGCCCUCAAACUCAAACUCAAACUCAAAGCCCUCAAAGCCCCCGAAGCCCUCACCGAAGCCCUCACCGAAGCCCCGGACAGUACCCAAAACUCCUCAGGGCCUGGAUCUGGGCCACAGGGUGAUUGGCCGCAACAGCGACGGCUGGUACUACCACUGCACCACCAUCGGCAUGGCAACACAGACUUUCUACGAGGUCAACUUUGAUGAUGGCUCCUACUGUGACAACGUCCACCCAGAAAACGUACUUAGUCACGACUGCCUGCGCAACGGUCCUCCGGACGACGGGGAGAUGAUCGUGGUCGGCACACCUGAGGGUCUGAUCCUCAAUGCUGCUUUUGUCAAACCCCACACCCACAAGCUCUACCAGGUUGAGUUUCAGGACCGAAGUCAGCUGAUUCUCAAGCAUUCAGACAUCUAUCGCCUGGAAGCUGACUUACCCAAAAGGGUCAGAGCUCGACUGGCUAUACCUUCAGCGCAGGAGGAUGCUUCCUCAGCGGAUGAAGCCAAGGCGGCUAAACGUCCCCGUCUGCCCUCCAGUUCAGCGUUACCUGCCAACACCCCCAUGGAGACGGCCCACCCGGCCUUCCCUCAGACCGCAGCCCCGCUAGCAGCACCAGCACUCAAGCAUCACAGUAUUAGUACUCCGCCGGCGUCCAGACCUUUGUCCCAGCCGGCCGAGUCCCCGAUGGAUACGAGCGGCAGCCUCAGCGACGCGUUCACGGAGCCGCUCCUGGCCUCGGAUCCCACGCUGGCUCCGCACUCCGCUCCUUUCCAAGCCACUUUGAACUCUGACCCCCUCCUCUCGGCCCCGUCCCCUCAGCCGCCGCAGCAUCACCUGUCAGAAAGCUACACGCCCAGCAGUGGCUACGUCUCUUACAUGGAGACGCUUCUUCAUUCACAUUUUCCUCAGGACGAUAACCGGAGCUCCCUGUAUUAGAAACCAACUCCACUAUGUUAUUACUUAGCCAAGAAUGGCCGAGCCAACAGGAAGUAAGCUAAUGGAAGUGGACUCCGAGUGCUUUAUUAAAUGGACAAAUAUUUCCUUCACCAGCUCCGAGAGCUCUGAGCAGGAGGAGGAAGAGACACAGAAUCACAAGAGCACUCUUUUAAUGCAUGUUACUUUUUUGUUUUUGAGUUAAUGUAUUUACAUUGUUGUUUUAGUCUGCUAGAAAGCAGCAGCUGAAGAACUCAUGGCUUUUUUUUUUGUCUUUAGUUUUAACAUUAUUAUUGUUACUAUUCUUGUUUACCCCUCCCCUUUUUUUCCUUUCUUCUUAAGACUAUAUUGCUUUUUGUUUUGGGUCUGCUGUCGUGCUUUUCCUCCUCAUCUUAAUAUAAAUAUGACUGGGUGGCAUCAACUCCUUACCUCGUUGCAUUUAUUCAGUAAUAGCACACUUCACUUUUAUUUCCAUAGGAAGCUAAUUAUUAUAUAUGAUGGUCUUUAAUAAUAGACUAAAACCUCCACUUUUCUUUUCUUAAAAUAAGUAACCAGCAACAAGAUUUAUAUAUUUUUCAGCCCAACCAACGAUGGCUUUGAAACUGUUUAGGAUCAGUGUUACAUUGUCCAUCUAUGAAAUCUUUUCAGGAGGUGUUUUUUUUUUUUGUCUUUUCCGUUUUUUGCAGUGCAAGAGGUUUAAAGGGGAAAUGGGGUUUAAAAAAAACAACAAAAAAAGGAAAUGUAGUGGAAACUCAGUAUUUAAAUAUCUUAGUCAAAUAUUUAAAGAAGAUAUUUGUAAUAGAAGAAACAAGGUGAAUGCGAACACUAGUAGAUUUGUCUGCAGGAUGCAUUGAAGUUUUGUGAACAUGUGUCACAGUAGGUGACAGACGACACCUUUAUAUAUUCAUGUCAUUUGGCAACUCCACCUUUUUCACCAAAAAAAAAGCAAACAAUUCUCAGGGUUCCUACAUGUGUAAAAAUGAAAUUUUGUAACCUCCGAGUCUUCUUGUGGACGGGAGGGGACGACCCAGAGCUUUCGUUUUUCGCGCGGCUCACACAUCCAUUUAAGUGUCAUGAGCUAUAAUUACUAUGAUGAGCGACGUCCGUUUACCAUCUCAUAACUCAAACGAGCACUUGAACCGGCUAAAGAAAAAAUGUCCGUUUUAAAGAUUUAAAUAUGUAGGAACCCAAAAAUCUGGAUAUACUGAGUUAAUAUUGAUUUAAAAUUGUAUGUACAAAUCUAUAUUGUAAUUUGUUGUAUGUCUGUUUUUUCUAUUAUUGUACUUUCUGAACUGAAUUCACAAACUCGGCCUCUCAAAAUAUUAAUAUCUUAUUUUUCAGCAGGUGUUGCAGGAACAUUAGUUUGUGUAAACAGCGUUUAUUUUAAUUUUUUUCUCUGCAUACAACCCUUCUCUACGAGGUGCUACGAAUGAACGGAAACUACUGACGGACUGAUUUCUCCCGACACUGUCUCCUUGUACAUACCACAGGCCUUGUGUUGUGAAUGAAUUUACUAAAGGUCUCCUUUCCUCUCUUUUUGUCCUGUCACAGCUGAAAUGAAUGGCUCCUGUUUCCAAAUGAGAUCCAUCAGAAAAUGUUAAAUCAUGGAAAUUAAAAUGGGUUGCUCGUCGCCAGUUCUUCUGUGUUGUGAUUUCACUGACUUAAAACCUUCAUAAACUGCUUUCUUGGUCUU